AUGGUGACAUCUCCAGUGUUUGCGAUCUAUCUCACAUGUUUGAUCUUGUGGAAAACAGCUCAGAUGACUGAACUGAAAUUGGCCUCAUCUGAUCAUAAAAAGAGAGGUUUUGUAUCAGCCAAUGUUGACGAUGAGGUAACUUUGCAGUGUUGUUAUGAAGGUGAAGCUACAAUGCUUUACUGGUAUAAACAAACCCUGGGACAGGAACCGAGGCUCAUCUCUCACUUCUAUAAGCAUGGAGAUAAUGUCAUUUUUUAUGAUGAAUUCAAGAACAAUCCACGCUUCACACUGGAUACUGAAAAUAGAAAAAAUAAUUUGAAGAUCUCAGAUUUACAAGUUUCGGACUCAGCUACUUACUACUGCGUAAGAAACUAUGUAAAUAUUUUUAAAUUUGUAGCGGGUAUUACUGUUGAUGUUAAGGGUUCAGGUUUGAAUGUCCCAGCUUUGGUCCAUCAGUCAGCAUCUGAGACCAUCCAGCCAGGAGGCUCUGUGACUCUGAACUGUACAGUACACACUGGGAGCUGUGAUGAUGGAGAACACAGUGUUUACUGGUUCAAAUACUCUGAAGAGUCUCAUCCAGGACUCAUUUACAGCCACGGAGGCAGGAAUGAUCAGUGUGAGAGGAAACCUGACACACAAACACACACCUGUGUCUACAACCUGCCGAUGAAGAGCCUGAAUCUUUCUCAUGCUGGGACCUACUACUGUGCUGUUGCAUCAUGUGGACACAUACUGUUUGGAGACGGGACCAAGCUGGACUUUGAACAUGAGGUGGACUCUCUGGUCUUGGUUUAUUUUUUGAGUGGAGCUUUCCCAACCAUCCUGGUUGUUGUGCUCACUUUCUCACUGUACAAGAUGAAGAAGAAAAACAACGACCAGUCCACAGAGCCUCAAGCAAGAUUUCCUGCAAAUGAAGAGGGAUACCAAGACACGGACAAUCUCCACUAUGCUGCAAUAGGGGAAAGCAUGUCAAAAAGAUCAAGAAGACAGAGGAACUACACAGAGAAUGAAUGUGUACUCCAGUGUAAAGCCAUAAAACAGGAUGUUGGAUAUUUCAUUUGUACUGUGUAAGUAAGAUCAAAAAAAUCCUUAGCCUCUCUUCCAAGGUGUAAAGUUAAUUUAGACAUAUGCAUUGAU